ACUUCACUCGCCUUCCGGUCCUCUUGGAAAAAACGUCGCCGUUAUCUCCUCCGCUUCCUCUUGCGAAGAGUAAGCCAGGUUUCUUCCUUCUUCCACUGAUCUCGUGAACCAUCUGUCGUCUUCCACUGCACACGCGCGCGUCCUCCACUGCGUUCUCCAGCGUUCUCCAUCUCGUUCACCGGAAGCCGCGAAGCUAAGCAAUGUUCAGCUUGAGACCACAGAGUGCUACGACGCGACAGGAGAUUGAAAUGAUUAACAAGGCCCAACGGGCUAUAAACAACACCACGGAUUCCAUUGAGAAGUUACGUCUACUUUGCCUGGCUAGGGGUGCCAAUGGCAUUCUUGGUUUGGGUAGGGUAUUCCGUCGUAUGGACGAUGAUGGCAACAAGAAAUUAAAUUUUGAAGAAUUUAAAACGGGUCUAGAGGAGACCGGAUUGGAACUUUCUGAAGAUGAAGUCGAUGAAAUCUUUAAGAAAUUCGACACUGAUGAGGACGCGAACAUCAGCGUUGAAGAGUUUCUCGUUGGCAUAAGACCACCGAUGAAUCAAAGUCGCAAAAAUGUAGUAGAUCAAGCGUUCCAAAAAUUGGAUAAGACCGGCGAUGGGCGGAUCACCGUCGACGAUCUACGAGGAGUUUAUAAUGUGAAAUGUCAUCCGCGGUAUAUCAGCGGUGAGGAAAGCGAAGAAAGUAUUUUAAACAAGUUUCUCUCGAAUUUCGAGCAUGGAGGCAACGUAGACGGUGUCGUAACGCAAGAGGAAUUUAUGAAUUAUUACAGCGUAAUUAGCGCGAGUAUAGACAAUGAUGCAUAUUUUGACUUAAUGAUGCGUAACGCUUAUAAGCUAUAACUUUCGAUCUCUUGAUUUGCAUUUCACAGAGAUAACAUGCCGGUCCUACAUCUGUCUAUUCCACUGCGAUCCACAUCGACAACUAUAAAAAGUCACUAUUCUGCUAAACCAAUGUAUAAAUCAAUAUCGUUGUCACAUUACCAUAAAUGUUUGUCUUGUUAGGCCCGCACUUUCCGCUAAUUGCAGUCUAGCAAAAAUAAUCUAGUAAAAGGUGUCAUUAUAUUAAUAUUCAAUAUUAAUCAUACAUGAGUCAUCGGAGUGACAAAUUAAAACCGGUAUACAUAUACAUAUACGUAACUUCGUUAAUUGUUUAUUCACCGAAAUAUCCUCGGUCAGGAAGAAGAAAAAAAA